AUGAAGAUAUGAGAUUAUAUGUCUUCUCUACAAAUCUACAAUUUAUGAUGAACAUAAAGUGUGGAUGACUGGAUGGUUAUUAGGUUAUAUAUAUGAUCCAUCGAUCAUUCUUAAAUGAGUGGUUAUUGUAUAUUGUCAAACACAUAUACAACAGGAACAAAAAUGCAAAAGCAUAUUUUAUAUGUUUUAUAAACGUUUCGAACUUCUUUUAUUUAUGAGUAAUGCAAUCAAACUAAAAUAAAAAAUAUAUAUAUAAAAGACAAAUAUCAAAAUUUAAAAGUUUUGAAAAUGAUUUACUCCUUUCAAUUUGGGUUACACCAUGUUAAAUUUUUAGCACACUGCUUGUGUUUAGUUUACUGUACUCAAAAGUUCUGAAAACAUAAGAUUGGUUAAACAUAAGUUUCAAGUUUCAUGCUUUUUCCUUAUCCAAGUCGAAGCGAAAUUCGUAAGAGUCAAAUCCAACGGCUGAGAUCGAAGGAAGACAGUGGCGCGUGAGAGAGACAUCUGAACCAAUAUAUUCUCAACACAACCGUUUGGUUCGGUAAAGCGCGUUCAAAGUCAAUUCAACUUUCCAACGUUGUUUAUAAGCUAUACCACCUUCAACUUUUAUGUUUUCAUUAAUUGGUGAACAAGUUUUUAUUAUUUCAGUUUUGUCCAAAACUUAUAUACAUCAUCGCUUAGAUAAUGAUAUUUUGGGAAUUUAAUUUAUUAUUGAACUUGUAAGAUUGCAUUUGGGUCAGAUUUUGCAUAAUUAAGUGUUUUGGGUGGUAUGCUCAUAACAUGAAGCCACGUUUUAUAGUAGAACAACUAAAGGGGGCAAAAUAACGUGAGGGAGUAAAAAUGAAAAAUGAAAUAAAGAAAAGAAAAGAUGAUGUUGUUCAUCUCUCCUGGUAUCAAGUAUAACCUCCCCUUUUACGUAAAAUUCUAUUUUUAGCCACAAACUUUUAUUUACCUCCUGUCUCUUUCGCCUUCCACUCACAGACAAAAAGGAAGAAAGAUUCAUUUCCUUCUUUUUUUUUUGGUGUGUGUUUUGUUAGAUAAUCUCUUUUUUUUUUCUCUCUCUAAUUAAUCCUCACGCCUCGCAUUAAUUUCGUUCCCUCCAUAAAUCAUUAUCCAACCUUCCGUUACAAAGUUUUCUUCUUUUUUGGCUUUUUAUGUUUGAAUUUUCAUCAUAAAAAAAAAAAACAAGUCCCCAGGAUCAUUGAUGUUGCUGAAGGUUAAUUUCCUGAACCGAUUCCCUUCGUUGAUAAGUUUGGGGGUUAUUGAUUCUGCUGAUGUUGUUUGAGCAGCAUAAAGCUGGGUUUUAAAUAGGGAUGGAUAGGCAGGGAGACAUGUUAGCAAUUCAUCGUGGAGAUGGGAAUAGAGAUGACUUUUUAAGAUACCCCAAGAAGAUGGAUGUGGAAGAUGAAUAUAAAACUGAGGCCUUUAGGGAUGGUGAUGAGCAGCAGAAUAAUUUGGUGGUGGAAAGAGAUGGUCUUCAAACCAAGGAUGGAGAAAAUGAUGAACAACAAAUUACAUGUGAGAAAAAUGAUUGCUCUUCUCCCAAAGUGGAUGCGUUGGAAGAUUUGAAAGCUAGCUGUGAGGAAGAAGUUGGGUUUUGCUCACCUGAGAGCGUUAACAGAGAAGAUGAAGAUGAGCCUUUGGAAAGUGUAAAUAGGGAUGAAGAAGAACAAACUGUCUUGGAAAGAGAUGCAAAGGUACUCGGUUUUGUAUCAAGGGAUAAUAAAGAAUCUGCUUCGGAUUCAUCACCGGAUACAAAAGUGUCAAAUGGUCAUUUUGAUGUGGUUGGAACUGAAGAAGAUACAGGAACUAGUAACAGAUGCGAAAAUGGAGAUGGGAACAGGGUUUUUGGAAAGGAUGGUGAAGAUAACCCGCAAGUUGAUAACUCAGUUAUUAGAAAGAUGGAAAUGAUACAAGUUACAGGAGAGCAAGACUCUCCUGAUGCAGUGAAAUCAGCUGGAGAGACAUCUCAAAACGUAUACUUCAAUGGACCAGUGUUACCACAGUCACCAUCACAAGGACAUAGGCGCGCCCAGAGUGAGAUAGGGACUCCAGGACACAGGCGCACAAACAGUUUCCAGAAACUGAAAACACAGAUGCAGAAGGCUUGGCGUGGGGUCAGCAAUCUGCGUGAUGAUAAUCGGCCCACUUUCAACCCUGAGGUCUUAGCUAACCAAAAAAGACAGUGGUACCAGCUCCACUCCUCUAAAGCUCUUCUGGACCAAACAAAAUAUAAGGAGCCAACCUCACUGUUUGAACAUUUUAUCAUUGUGGGGCUUCAUCCGGAAACUGAUUUGAAGCCAGUUGAGGAGGCUUUCCGUAGAAGGAAGAAGUGGGAGACGGAGAUGUCAAGGUAUGAAGUGGCAGACUACAGAAUACUCCGUCACCGUGGGCCUCAGUUUCCAGUACUGCAGCCACAGAUACUUUUUAAAUACCCUCCUGGGAAGAAGGUGGCGAUGCGUCCAAAAGAUCUAGCAGCUUUCUGCUUUCCUGGUGGCGUCAAGGCACGACUGUUGGAGAGGUCCCCGUCUCUCAGUGAUCUAAAUGAGCUUGUGUAUGGACAGGAACAUUUAGGCACAGAUGACUCAUCGUUCAUAUUUUCGUUCAAGGUAGCAGAUGAUGCGACAUUAUAUGGUGUUUGUUUACAUGUCUCGGAGAUUGUUCAGAGGCCCCCUGGUGUUUUAAGCACUGCGUCACCCUUGCAUCCAUCUGGAGGAGGCAGUCGUUUUUUGGUUUCUGCACCUCGAUGCUAUUGCUUGCUGACCAGAGUUCCUUUUUUUGAGCUACACUUUGAGAUGUUAAACAGUAUGAUUGCACAAGAGCGUCUCAAACGGAUAACUGAAUUUGUUAGUGAGAUGUCUCUUGCUGCUGCAUGCCAUAGUCCAUCAGUUUCCAGAAUGAAUAGCUGUGUUUCUUCACCUCGUAGCAACCCUGCUGAUUGGAUGGCUUCUGCAAUACCUGUGGAUGGAGUCAUGGCACUCACGGCCGCUGCUGCAGGCUUGAUAUCUGAUAGUGACAUUGCGAGCUUUGCAGAACCGCAGUCUCCAGAUAGUGUUGUCGCCAGUGAUACUUCAGAUGCAAGUCAGAUCAAGGAAAUAGAAAGAGAUGGGAGAAAAGUUUUCCAUUGUUACGAUGAUAAUUCUUCUGAAGUAUUUGAGAACCACUUGGGUACACCCGACAGAACGUCCCAAAGCUUUGAGAACGGCCACGCUUCUCCAGAGGUUACAUGUACAGAUCCUAGGAUCCAACCGAUAGAGCGUUACGAAAGCUGUGAGUCCGUGUUCAGUUCAGCUAGAAGUGUGUUGUCAGAUGAGGUUGAUGAAAUAUCCAACAGCGAAAAUGAUUUCGGAGAUGAUUUAGUUCUGGAAUGGGCUAAGGAACAUAACAAUGAUGCGUUACAAUUAAUCUGCGGCUACCAUUCACUGGCAAUUCCUUCCCGUGGAAGUGAAGUGGUGUUCCAGCCGCUGGAACAUUUACAAUCCAUUGCGUAUACAAGACCUCCUGUUUCAGCUCUAGGAUUGUCAGAAGAAUUUGUCUACUCUUCUGAUUCUUCCGAGAUAAAUGCGAGGUUGGCAGCUGCCGAGGAGGCUAUGGGUCUCUCAAUGUGGACAACGGCAACAGUUUGUCGUAUUCUCUCUCUUGAAACUAUUUUGUCACUCCUUGCUGGAGUUUUGUUAGAAAAGCAAAUUGUGGUAAUCUGCCCAAAUCUGGGUGUUUUGUCAGCAAUAGUACUGUCUCUUGUCCCAAUGAUUCGACCGUUUCAGUGGCAGAGUUUAUUGCUUCCGGUUCUUCCCGGGAGGAUGUUUGAUUUCCUCGAGGCACCCGUUCCGUUCCUUGUCGGUAUACACAGUAAGCCUACUGAUUGGAAGGUGAAGACGUCUAACCUUAUUCUAGUUAACAUCAUCAACAAUCAGGUGAAAAUAUGUAACAUGCCAGCAUUGCCUCAGCGGAGAGAACUCAUGGCUCAGUUGACUCCAAUCCAUGCCACACUGGCUCAUCAUAGCUCGACUGCUAGAAAACACCCCGUUUAUAAAUGCAAUCAAGUACAAGCGGAAGCUGCCACUAAAUUCUUGGGAGUGAUGAGAGAUUACAUGGAGUCUCUUUGCUCAGAUUUACACUCUCACACCAUAACAAGUGUUCAAUCCAAUAGCGACAGGGUUUCUCUACUUCUAAAGGACAGUUUUAUCGAUUCCUUUUCUGGUAGAGACAGACCCUUCAUUAAGUUAUUUGUAGAUACACAGCUGUUUAGCGUUCUAUCAGACUCACGGCUAUCGAGCUUCGAGAACGGGGGUCUCUAAAGCUCACUUUGUCAUCAACUUAUACAAUACAAACUGAAGAAACCAACCAAAGUCAAAUCAUAUGAAGAAGCAAAUGAGGGUACCUUUAACCACCCUUUUACACUCAGAAGACUCCACAUGUGAUGUAUACAAAUGUCUUAACUCAGAUUUUACUGCAGUAGAAAAAGGUAAGAAAACAAUAAAAGAAAAAGAAGAACAGAGACAUGCUUAUCAUGUCUGGUCCUUGUAUCAUUAAGAAGCUAAACUUGUUUCUUACUCCUGUAAAUUAAUCAACGCUCAAUAGGAGCUUGUUGUUUGACAAAAGUUGUACAUAACACUUGAAACCGGUUUUGCUUAUUUCAAGUGUUUGAUUUGAUUUUUCAUAAUAAUCUCACAAGAGAAAAAAAUGUUGUGCUC